GGAAGUGACGACACCGAGCACGCCAUUAAAUAGCAGUAGGCCGCCCUCCCCGCCCUCUCCGUCUUAGCGCCAUCUUCCUUGAGACUCCUGCGCCAUGAGAGCGAAGUGGCGGAAGAAGAGAAUGCGCAGGCUGAAGCGCAAGAGAAGAAAGAUGAGGCAGAGGUCCAAGUAAACCAGGCCGUGCACCCACGAGGCCCGCAGGAGCAGAAGUGAGGGAUGCUGGAGGCCGAGACACCGGGACAAGCUGUUGGACUGUGUGUUGCCGUCCGUCGGUAGACCCGCAUCGCCACCUCGCCGCCAUCGCCUGGGGAGAUGACCGCCUUUCUCAGGACCCACACCGGCUGGCCCUCUGCCCUGGACCCUCGCACCCUGGACUAGCUCUGUUCUCUUGUGGCCAAGUGUAACUCGUGUACAAUAAACCCUCUUGCUGUCAGCUGAAGAAUCAAACUGC